AUGGUAGACGAGGUGCCUGCCAUUAGCGACACGAAGAUCAGACGUCGUAAACGAGACGAAGAGUUCGAUUCACGGGGACGUACUCAGGUUGGUUUAAAGACUGCAGUCUGCGGAGGGUGGUUUGUGGUGAAGAGGGCGCAUGCAUGGACGACGCGGUUGGGGAUUCGUUCCACCUACAAAUAUCGGACUCGUGAUGACGAGAAGAAUUUGACAUGCAGACCAAGGAAGACGUCGAACACCCACAAGAUCUGCCGCGAAUUUAUGGAUCAAAAUUUUGAAAGCGCGCCUCCGGAAACGAUCGCAGAGGCCCAUCAACAGUCUGUUCCAGCGCCAUGGUUGGACCCAAUCCAAGGCCCUUGUCCGAUGAGGUCGCCGCUAGACUACAACUGGAUGGACUUUAAAUUCGGCAUUCACCCAAUUGCGCUUCUUUCACUUCUAAUCGCCAACACCGUCGAUCUACUGCGCCCUCCGACAACACAGGGACCUCCAGGUGGAGGAGUAGCCAGCACACGACGCACGCCCCUUGGUUCAACCGCUCUUUCCAUUUCGGGCAUCGACAUCGCCAACCACACCGACGUUGACGAGAACCUCACAGCUAGGCGGCGAUAG